AUGUCCGUACCUCUGAAGAUCCCCGAGGGCAACAUGCCAGCCUCCUGGUAUCGUGAGCCGGCCUUCUUCGACUUCGAGAAGCGAGCCGUAUUCUCCAAGCAAUGGCUGAUGAUGACCCAUCGCUCUCGCCUACCAGAGUCAGGAAGCUUUCUUCGCUUUGAGAUGGCUGGCUUCGACUUCUUCCUCAUCAAGGACAGACAGGGGCAGAUUCACGCAUUCCAUAAUGUCUGUCGUCACCGUGCCUACCCCAUCCUCGUGGACAAAGACGGCCGUGAGGGCAAGAAGCUCAUUCUUAGCUGCGGCUACCACGGCUGGUCUUACGGUCUCUCUGGCAAGCUUGCAAAGGCUCCUAAGUUCGACGAGGUUGAUGACUUCCGCAAGGAAGAUUACAGCCUCUUCUCGAUCCACACUCAUAUUGACAAGCUCGGUCUCAUCUGGGUCAACUUUGAUGCUUCAGACAACCCCAUCCCAUGGAAAGAGCUCAACGAGGGUACCGACGAGCAAGAACGUUUCCAAGAUUUCAACCUCGAUGACUAUGUUUACGAGCGCACCUGGACCACCAAUGGCGACUACAACUGGAAAUUGGUUGGCGAGAACUACAACGAGUGCUAUCACUGUCAAGCAUCCCACCCUGGCAUCACCAAAAUCACCAAUCUCGACCGCUACUCAGUUGAGACGAAGGGCCCCAACAAGGGGCGAAUGGAACACUUCCCGCCUAAUAGGGAUGACAUCAAGCCUGAUGACGUUCAGUUCUUCGGCAACGGGGCCUUCACGUUCAACUACCCCAACACAUCUCUGAAUCUGUCCACGCCGUAUUGGUUCCUCAUGCGCGUCGUUCCCAAGACACCCACCACCGUCACCACCGAGUACGAGGUGUAUCGGAACAAGAAUUCGCCGCGAGAGCAUUUCGACCGCGCCGGAGAGUUCUUCGAGGGUAUCGAAAUUGAGGACUUCCAUCUCAUGAACGGUGUCCAGAAGAAUCUGGUCACCAACGUGUUUGUCAACGGUCCCCUGCACUCGAAGCGCGAGUCGGGCACUAUGGCCUUCAAGCGUCUACUGAAGAAGGACCUUGACAAGCAUUGGAAGGCUGAGAAGAAGGCUCGGGCUGAGAUAUAUCCUGCCAGGAGGAACACUCAGAUUCACCCCAGCAUCAAUGUGGAGGAGAGGUUCUGCGGAGAUAUAUGUGCUUGUCGAGCUGCUGCGGAGGCUGCAGCAUAA